AAGGAAAUGUCUUUCUAUCCCGACUUUUUACUUGCCAACGCAACUCGAAUUACCUCCAUCGAGUCAACCCUUCGAACUGCUACUUGGUUUUUACCUGGUCGAUUUAAAGAUGCUGAAUUAGCAUCAGAAGCAUUGUUCUCUGCGCUGAACAUUGUGAGCAGCUAUCAUGAUUCGGUGAUUACCAAGGCUGCCGAAAGUCUUCCUGCAGCCUCUAGACCACCUUCAUCAUCUCAUAAUCGCUAUACUGCAGCUUGGUCCGAAAAAUCAAAUUCCUACAAAACACUUGCCCAUACUUUAUCAAUUCUAGAAAAUACUCAACGACUUUUUGAAAUGUGGGCUCGUAGACGACUUGGUUCUAAAGGUCGUUGGCGAAUCGUACUCUUCAUUGAAUGUCUCAAAGCUUUUUUGAGAUUACGACUCGUACGUCUUACAGGUCGAAUGAUUAUUGCUCCUAGUCUUCCAGAACGAACUGUAGAUCCAGCUAUCCUAGAUGCCCACCGCCCUGUCCUACAUGGUCAACCACCGAACGCUCAACUCGUCCUACCAAGCCCUAGUCAGGCUACAAGCUGGACUGGAUCACGUACUGGAUUCGAACGUCCUUCUAUUGCUAUACCUCCAAACGUUGUGAAUGAUUUCCUUGCUCGAAGAGCUCUUACACCUGAAGAGAUGUGUAAACCUCGUGAAUUGGUUCAUAAGCUUCGAUCAAAUCGAGCUCAACUUGCUGAAUUUAUCUGGAACCUUCGCCCGGUUAUAUAUGUACUCGCCAUCAAUCGUUAUGGUCAACGACACGUAGCCCCAUUCUUAUGUUCUCUCUCAAUAGAAUAUUUAUCAUAUUCACUACGACAAGCAAGUUUACAAGAACCUAAUUCGCAUCAAUUUCGACCUAAAACUAGCAAUCGACCUUCAUUCCUUUCAGACUUGGAAAAGAAUGAAUUACUUAAUCGACAAAAAGCCUUUUGGCAAUACUUCUUACGUGGUCCACUUUGGGCUUUAUGGACUCAACCUAAAUUAAGUAGACUUGCUCAACGACUUUCUAAUAAACCUUUACUUAAUCUCGUUUCUACUUUCCUCGAUGAUUAUAUUCCUUUGAUCGAUGAGUAUUAUUAUUACUCUUCCUGAAAGUCUGCUUAGCACAUCUUAUCAUUUAUCUACCAUCAGUUUUUACUUGCAUAAGCACGUAGUAACUGUUGAUCUGAACUGUAAUAUUUAUUAGACAUUUUCCCUUCAUAUCCCAAAAACCGUUGUGUGUGUUCACCUUUCAACCACACCUAUUACAGAUGAGCAUCACGAAAUUGGGAGUCAAGAUGAGAUCAUUUAUCUCCUUGUAUGUGUCUAGCGCAUGAACAGUUUUCUAUUUUGCUAUAUAUAUGUGUGUGUGGAUGAAGAGACAAUGUCAUUAUUACUAUGAGAUCAACCUGG